GGCGACCGAAUGCUUCCUUUGCCAAGAUGGCGCCGGGAGGUAGUGGCGGCGGCGGCACGCAUUGCUCGAAAAGCGAGGCCGAUUCCGGCUUCCUGGGACUGCGGCCCACUUCGGUGGACCCGGCGCUGAGGCGGCGGCGGCGAGGCCCAAGAAAUAAGAAACGAGGCUGGCGGCGGCUCGCACAGGAGCCGCUGGGGCUAGAAGUUGACCAGUUCCUGGAGGACGUGCGCCUGCAGGAGCGCACGAGCGGUGGCUUGGUAUCAGAGGCCCCGGAUGAGAAACUCUUCUUCGUGGACACCGGCUCCAAGAAAAAAGAGCCAAACAAGAGGAGGAUCAAAAGCCAGAAAAGGUCACUUCUUCUCAAGAAACCCCUUCGUGUUGACCUCAUCUUAGAGAACACGUCCAAGGUCCCUGCCCCCAAAGACAUCCUUGCCCACCAGGUCCCCAAUGCCAGGAAACUCAAACGGAAGGAGCAGCUAUGGGAGAAGCUGGCCAAGCAGGGCGAGCUGCCCCGGGAGGUGCGCAGGGCCCAGGCCCGGCUCCUCAACCCUCCCGCGACCAAAGCCAAGCCUGGGCCCCAAGACACCAUCAAGAGGCCUUUUUAUGAUCUCUGGGCCAAAGACAACCCUCUGGAGCGACCCCUGGCCGGCCAGGACACCUUUUUCCUGGAGCAGACCAAGAGGAAGGGGGUGAAGCGGCCGCCACAUCUGCACACCAAGCCCUCCCAGGUCCCUGCCGUGGAGGUGACACCGGCUGGAGCCUCCUACAACCCAUCCUUUGAGGACCACCAGACCUUGCUGCUGGCGGCCCACGACGUUGAGCUGCAGCGGCAGAAGGAGGCGGAGAAGCUGGAGCGGCAGCUGGCCCUGUCCCCCUCGGAGCAGCCUGCCACCCAGGAGUCUGCCUUCCAGGAGCUGUGCCAGGGGCUGCUGGAGGAGUCAGACGGGGAGGGGGAGCCGGGCGAGGGCCCAGACAAGGGCCCCGAGGCGGAGGCCGGAGGGGAGCAGGCCGCAGGCGCCGAGGCGUCCUCCGCACCCGGCCGCCUGGCCGCCGUGGAGAAGAAGACGGAGCAGCAGCGGCGGCGGGAGAAGGCGGCCCGGAAGAUGCGGGUGCAGCAGGCCGAGGUGCGGGCCGCGCGGCUCCGGCACCAGGAGCUCUUCAGGCUACGCGGGAUCAAGGCCCAGGUGGCGCGGCGGCUGGCGGAGCUGGCGCGGCGGCGGGAGCAGCGGCGGGCGCAGCGGCUGGCGGAGGCCGACAGGCCCCGGAGGCUGGGGCGGCUCAAGUACCAGGCCCCCGACAUCGAUGUGCAGCUCAGCUCAGAGUUGUCUGACUCUCUCAGGACCCUAAAGCCUGAAGGCAACAUUCUCCGCGACCGUUUCAAGAGCUUCCAGAAGAGAAACAUGAUCGAGCCUCGGGAGAGAGCCAAGUUUAAGCGCAAGUACAAAGUGAAGCUCGUGGAGAAGCGGGCGUUCCGUGAGAUCCAGUUAUAGCCGCCGUGGGAUGCCGGAGCCCCCACCCCACAGUAAAACACCGCUGACUGACACCCCGUGUGACUUGUCUCUCUUCUGGGGGCAGCUUCCCUCUCUCUCGGUGUCUCUCUCUAGCACCAGAACAUUCGUCUCCACUAAAGCCCGGUGUGGCAAGAUCUUAGGGAAAGUAGGCAGAGGAGAUGGGGCUUGCAGGCCGGUGGGGGGCCGGGGGGAGGAGGAGUGGAGAUCCCAGCUGGGUGUCUGACGGGACACAGUCCACAUCUUUCUGCCCGGGUGACUGAGAGGCAGAUCUUGGGUAUAACCCUGUCGCAUGGGUGUUGCUGACGUUGGCCGAGCACCCUACUGUACCUUUAAGCAGAUGGACUCCCUCCCAAGAGGGGGCCAUAAAGGUGAGGGACCUGAAGCGCAUCAGAAGGAACUAAUCCCUCCUCCCCAUACCGCUUUAAAAAGGAUUUUUUUAAAAAAACCUUUUUUCUACAAGUAACAGAGGACUGUAUUCUCAUUGUAAAUCGCUGAUUGACAUAAAGAUACCAAAGCACCGUAAUUACUGCCCUGAGCCUUUGUUUUCCAGUCAAACCCAUUCCCUUCUCUGCAAAAGUAACUGUCACUGCAGUUCAAUGUGAAUGAUUCCAGUAUGUUCCAUGUGUGAUUCUAUUAAAUUAUACAUAAAAGUA